AUGCAUUUUGAGCUAAAUCAAGCAACACAUUGCAAAAAUCAUGUAGUAAUUCAUAACGAGCUGAGUCCUGGUAUUAUUCUGAACAUUGCAUGCCGAAAGGGUAGCAUAGACGAUAAACCUACAAGAUUUCACAAACUAAACUUUAAAGAUCCUUCUUAUGUCAUUGAAUUCGAGGAUAAUUAUCCUAAUGAUGAAACUUGGUAUUGUUUGCUUAGUCACGGAACUAGACCAAAAUAUUGGUAUGAUAUUCAAGUAUAUCGUCAAGGCAUUCAACCAAAAUGUAAUCAGUUGCGCUUAUGGAUUGCAAGAAUGGAUGGAAUUUGGUUUACAAGAAGAUAUGAAAGUCCACCAGGGCACGUACUUGAUUGGAAAAUCUAGUAAUGUUCUCGUGCUUUUAUUUUCCCUAUAA